UCACACUGGAUCAGCUGUUUCCCUGCUUGCACAACUUUUGCGGUGUUUUGCUGCAAUUUUAGCCGUUUUUUCUAUAUAACAUAAAACUCAUAAUGCGCCUCACCAAUGUCCUAUUCAAGAAGGUGAAGAGCAAACGCAUCAUGGUCGUGCUGGAGAGCGUGGUCAGCGGGCAUCAGUACAAUGCGUUCCGCGAACGCCUGGCCGAGAAGAUCGAGGUGAUACGCUUCGAUCCGUACAUUCAACAGGAUAGCCUGUACCGCGAGCGCAAGAAAAUCCGCAGCGCCUGAACAUGUAGAAUAAUAAAUAAACGUUACACCACACAAACAC